AUGUGGCCUGAAAGACGAUUAAAAAGUGGGGUUAUCCCACCUUACCUAAUCAAAAUGAAACAAAAAGAAAAAGAACGGAUUCAAAAAGAAUUGGAAAACCAGCCUGAUCCAGAUCAACCUCCAGGACAUCAGAGAAUGCCAGAAGAAGAACGUUUAAAUACAUUAGAAUUGCUUAACAAAGCUCAUACUCAGUUGUCAGAGGAAUUUUCUCACCUCCCAGUACGUAUGGAUACAUUGAGAAUUCGUUCUAGACGUGCAGAAAUUGAAAGUCGUCUCAGUGAAUUAGAACAAGCUAUUGAAAUAUUCAGUAAACCGAAAGUAUUUAUUAAACCUGGUUAA